AUUCAGAGAAGUGGUUGUGAACUUGCCGGGUUCUGCCCAGAACCUCUUACCUUUUCUGAAAGGCCUGAGGGGUACAGGAAGAGAGUGGGUGGGCCUUCAUAGAGGCAGCUGAUUCCAUGACUGUCCAGGAGAUCCAAAGGCGGAGUAUGAAGUGGGAUUUGUGUCUGGCUGGCCUGAUCCUGACCAUCAUUCUUCUUCAGGGCUCUGUGGUCCAGGCAGAUGAUGAAGAGAAAUCCUUAUCGAUAUCGGUGGUAGAAUCUGAAGACAAGAUCUUUCUGAAGUGCAAUGCCACAGAGUUCUCAUGGAAUGCCUUUGAUGAAUCACCAGAAAAGGAUUAUCCAAGCAAUAAAAGUGCGGACUUGGGGAGAAAAAUCCAGGAUCCCAGAGGAGUAUAUCAGUGUGUUAAUAAAAAGGACAAGGAUUCUCCUAUCCUGCAUGUUUAUUAUCGAAUGUGCCAGAACUGUGUGGAAUUGAACUCGGGCUCCCUGAUCGGUGUUUUCAUUGCUAACAUUAUUGCCACCAUUAUUCUGGCUAUUGGAAUCUACUGCUUUGCAGGGCAUGAGGAGGGCUAUCUUUCAGCUGCUUUUGACAAGCCGAUUCUGAUGCAGAAUGAUGCACUCUACCAGCCGCUCAGAGAUCGAGAUGACAACUCUUAUAGCCACAUUGGAGGCAAACGACCUAGGAACAAGUGAGCCCUUGAACUUAUGACUUGGAAUGGCAUUCCAGCAACAUGCUAACAACUGUCUUUCCCAGUUAUUUAGUCAAUAAAAUUCUCCACU